AUGGAUAAACUUAGACGAGUUAGAAGUUUUGUUAGUAAAAUAAAUCUGUUCGAUGAUGAAAAAGACAUGUCUCUCAUCGAUCAAUUACUUGCCACACGAAUAUUUCUCUUUCUUCUCACCAUAACUCUCACUAUCAUCAUUCUCUUUGCUACUUUUACUCUUCAAACUAAUUCUAUUACAAUCCGUUCACCAUCUCAAAGUGAUUUUGAAAAACUUAAUGAAAACUAUCCAAGUACAUUAUCAUGUUCAUGUUCACAAACUUGGAUUCGUUAUGAUCGAUUUCUCUCAUUCAAUCCACAAUAUCAUCCGAUAUGCACAAGUCAAUUUAUUAAUCAAUCAUUCAUUUCAUCGAUAUCUAAUAUUAAUAUAAGCAAUUACUAUGAGUAUGAUUAUCGUAUUAUUGCAUCAUCACAAUUUCAAAUUCUUGCGACACUUUGCCAUACGAGUCAACAAAUGAUAUCUGAUUCAUUAAAUGAACUCUUCUCUCAAUAUCUGACUACAAGUGAAGUUAUAUCCAAUGAAAUAUUCAAUGCUCAGCUGGAUUAUCUUGUCGAACAGUUGAAAUCUCAAAGUAUUAAUAAUCAAAAACAUACAAGUGAUUUUCUCCAGUUAAGUAUUUCUCAGAACGUCAUUUAUUCGGCACUUCAAACAAAUUAUGCAGUAGUAUUUCGAGGUGUAAAACUCGGCUUUUACCUCGUUACAGAAGUAUAUUACUUCCAAAAUAACGCUUGCAUGUGUAUUCGAAAUCCCAAUUGCAAUGAGCAAGCGAUUAUUUAUUGGCUGAAAAGUAUCGAAGCAGUCUACGAUUCUGCUGGUACUCUAAUUUUUACUACGUAUUCUGGGAGUAAACUUCUAACUAUUCCUGGUAUACGAGUGGGUUGUUUACCAUAUGACACGUUACUUCAGUCAACUCUUGAAUGUUUCUAUAAUAAAUCAUGUAUAGAGCAGAUUCAAAAAUACAUUCCUGCUUUUUCGUUGGUUUCACCACUUUCGUCAUCCCACUUUUCACCAAAUACGAUAGUUAACGAUCUUCGUAGUGAAUUAUUUAUUGAAUCGUGGAAUGAAAUGAGAAAUUUCACAGCUUACUUUCAUGUUUGUGCCCCGCAAUCGUGUACCUAUUCGUAUGAUCGAAGAUUUAACUUUCUACAUGUCAUGGUCACAUUGAUUGGUAUUUUUGGUGGUUUAAAAAUGAUUUUAUAUUUUUCUGUACCAUUUAUCGUCAAAGUCAUUCGACAAAUCGAAAAGAAGAAAUGUUUCUCGAAACAAUCAGAUCCAAUCGAAACUGAACCACAUUCACAGCAAAAUCUACGAGAUCGUUUGGUGCAUUUAAUAUCUCAAAUCAAGAUGAAACUCAUGACAUUGAACCUUUUCCCGACGUUCGCCAAUAUUAAAGACGGGAUUUAUUCGACACGUGUUUAUCUUUUCUGUCUUAUCAUUGCAAUGAUUAUUUUAAUAUUUUACACAUCAAUGUCAAUUCAAACUCGGAGUAUAACUGUUUACCAUCCAUCAUUAGAUGAAUAUGACUAUUUGUAUGCUCAAUAUUCGUCAACAUUAAAGUGUCCAUGUUCUCGUCUCUCGGCGCCAUAUUCAUCAAUUAUUCACCUAGAGCCCGAAUAUCAUCAAGUAUGUUCAAGUGAUUUUAUCAAAGGUGAUGUUUGGCUGUUGUAUUUUGUGCAAGGGAGCGGUGUAUUGAGAGCCUACGAUUUUCGCAGUAUUGGUUUAAGGAUAUUUACUCUUCUUCAAACAUUUUGUCAGAUGGCGAACGAAACAGUGAGAAAUCAAUUAAAUAUAUUCAAUGACGUGCAGUUUGUUACUGCAUAUGUUCUAUCAAGAAGUACAUUUAACACACAAAUCUCAACUUUGAUACGACAAUUUCAACAGCAGACUGUGAAUUCUUUUCUUGUUAUGUUCCAAUUGGUCCGUAUUUCAGUUCAGAUGAAUCAGUUUAUGGUUGCCAGCAGUACAAACGCUUACUUGGCGAUAUUUAGCAAAAGUAAUGAGUUGAAGUUUCGUUUUGUACCAAAUAAUGUACUUGACCAGCAAUGUUCAUGUGGUGAAAAUAGUUCCUGUACGCGCUCUCAAGGUUUUUAUUGCGUUGAGGGUCAAUGUAAAUAUAAUUUAUCAACGCCACCACGCCAAGCCAUUCCUGGCCUUGUGCUGAGCUGUUUACCGGUUGAUUCGCUUCUUUCGUCCUCACUUCAGUGCUUUUACAAUGCAACUUGUAUACAAAUGAUCCUACAAUGGCGUUUGUUUGGAUUAAAUAUUAGUUCAUCAUAUUCAAGUUUUAGUAACGUCACUCCUCUCGAUUCAAUGGUUCAGAGCCGCUUUUCACCUGAGACAAAAUUGGAAAAUGUUGUUUCCCAACUGUUUAUUGAAGAUUGGACAAACACAAGUAAUUUCAGUUCGUAUUAUCAUCAAUGUGCACCGAAUGAAUGUACUUAUACUUAUGAAGAACGUUUUAAUCGAGCGUACAUCAUUGCGACAAUACUUGGUAUUAUUGGCGGUCUUUCUGUAGCUCUGGAAAUCUUAGUUCCUCCUUUGAUAAUCUUACUCCGACGUAUGUGUUCCAGCUGUCUCCGACAUUCAACUCAAACUGCACGGAAGUUGACAGCUAAAACAACUGUUCAUCAAAAGUAUUUGUUCUUUAUUGGUUACAUUCGGCGUUACUUUCAUACAUUGAAUUUGUAUAAAAAAAAUAAUCAAAGUUAUUCUGAUGAUCAGCUGGAGCAACGCUGUCGAACAGCUACUCGAUUUUAUAUUGUACUCUUUCUCAUUUCUCUUGUGACAGUUAUCAUAUUUACUAUUUUCAGUUCACAAAUCAAUACGGUAAUAGUACCAUUUCCAUCAAAAGAAACAUUUCAUCUCCUUCGGAGUCAGUACGAGUCAACCCUUUCAUGUCCAUGUUCACAAAUUCGAGUUCCAUAUUCGAAAUUUCUCACGAUUAAACCAAAUGAAUAUCAUCAAAUAUGUUCAAGUUAUUUCGUUUCCACUGAUUUCAUCAGCAUGCUUUGGGGUCAGAAAGAAUUUGUCUAUUACUCUGUCAGUAUCGAUGGUAAAAUUUUAAGUACAGAAUUUCGUCUUUUAUCAGCAUUAUGUUCUCUUGCAAAAGACAUAACAGACCAAAAAAUACAAAUAUUGUCUUCUCAAGAAUUAAUCACUGUGCAAACAUUGUCACAAGAAUCAUUUCAAAAUCAAGUUGAUUCGAUUAUCAAUACUUUCAUUAUUGAAUCACCAGCAAGUUUUCGACGAACCUAUCAAUACAUCAGUGAUAUACUUUAUGGAAAUCAAUUUCAAAAUAUAUUUCUGACAAAUUGGAAUUUAGGAACACCGACUCAACAGAAUCGAUAUCGGAUAGGAGGAAAUCCAGUAAUAGGAUAUGAUGAGAAUGGGCAAUUAUGUUCAUGUGAUACUCAACCAGCAUGCACACAAUCUGUUCUAAUCAAUGUAUUCAAUAAAGGAACAUUUGAUGGUCUUGUUCGAGGUUGUUUACCUGUUUAUGGUCUUCGCUUAUCAACACUUGAAUGUUUUUAUCAACAAACAUGUUUAUCAAAACUGGCUGUCUUCGUCAAUAGUUCAUAUAUUCCAUCACCUUUGAAUAGAUCGAUUCCAACUCGUUUUACACCCGUUUCAUCAACAAAAAUAGGUACAAUCAUCGAUGAAUUAUUCAUUGAAUCUUGGCACAACACAACUAAUUAUACAAAUUAUUAUUCGAUGUGUGCACCAUCAACAUGUCGAUAUUCUUAUAUGGAAAAGAACAGUGCUCUUUAUAUGUUAACUACUUGUCUUGGUUUAUACGGUGGAUUAACUGAAGGAUUAAAGUUUCUUGUGUGGUAUGGCUUAUGUUUAUAUUGGAAAAUUCGUCAAUGGCUAUUUCAACGGCGAAACAUAGUAGUACCUGUCAAUGACAAUGCACAAAUGUAA